GGUGAUGAAAAGGACACAAAGAUAAAAGCUUGGAACUGGAACAAAAAGGAAGUGUGUUGGGAGAAAAAUUUUUCUUCGAUAUUGAGCUAAAAUUCAUCACAAAAUGUCAUCGCGAAGACACGCUUGAAAUGUGAUCAGGAAAGUGUAAUUCGCAAAUUGGCAUUGUUCUCGUUUGUAUGCUGGUGUGCGGCCGAAGUUGAAGCUGCUGCAGCUGGCUGACUGGCUGUCUGCCUGCCUGAUUGUCUAGCACUAUGUGUUGCUUUGCUGCUGAGGCCUUUUGUAGCUGUUGCUGACUGCCUUUCGGUCUGACUCGCUGGUGCGAUCCACUGUUGCUGAGUGCAUGCUGCCAAGCGUUUACGCGUGUACUUAAUAUGGGUGUAUUGGUAUGUACAAUCAGCGGGCGUGUGUUGGGUGCAUGAGUGUGUAUACACGCUUCACAAUGCUACUGUCGUCAUUGCCACCACCCGCACCCACCCAAGCGCGAUUAGAAUGCCAGCACUCUCGUCUGCCCCUCGAAUUGCCGACAACAAUAAGCAUACAAAAACUAGCAGCGAUAGCCAAAUCAUAAAUGAAGUGUGAAUAAUCAAAGUAUUAUAGAGCGUCUGCCAGCUGUGUGACAUGGCCUUCCUCACGUUUUCGCAUGCAAUCGGUAAAAUCUGAUUAUAUCGCUUAACAAACAAAGAUUACACCUAGCAGUACAAUACUCACGCCACCCAUUCACCCUACACCCACGGUUAAUUGCAGCUGCACACGACCGGCUUUGUGCUCGUGUCCUGUGCGCACAGCUGACGAGUUGAAAAUCAGUGUGCUACACUUAUAUUCAUAUACAAACCAGAGAGCAUACACACAAAAGGAAAAAAGUCCCAAGCACGCGUGUAUUCCGCUGUAGGAUUUAGUACACCAGCCACAAAAUUGCGAUGGAAAAUAGUGAUUCCUUCUGCGUUUCGCAAACAGAGAAACGAUUUGAACUGCUGCGCAGAAAAAAAUGGUUUCACCCAACAAUAAGUGGAAUAGAAGCUGAGAAAUUGCUGCGUGAGAAAGGCUUUGAUGGAUCAUUUCUGGCUCGCCUCUCAUCCUCGAAUCCAGGAGCUUUCACGUUAUCGGUGCGUCGCGGCCAGGAGGUAACGCAUAUAAAAAUACAAAAUAAUGGCGACUUUUUCGAUUUGUAUGGUGGUGAAAAAUUUGCUACGCUUCCUGAACUGGUACAAUAUUACAUGGAAAAUGGUGAACUGAAGGAGAAAAAUGGACAAGUUAUAGAAUUGAAGCAGCCAUUGAUCUGUGCUGAGCCCACUACAGAAAGUAAACGAAGCCACGCGUUACCUACUAACUCAACCGCCCAGCUCACUCAGUUCAAUUAGUCACCUAUUUGUUUCUGCUUUUUUGUCAUCCGUCCGGUGAGUGUUGACAAUUGUAAUGCGGCAAAGCGGAAAUAUUAACGACCCUAACGUCAUUAACACGCCGGGUUCUCUGCCGGUAACUGGCAGGGGUAUAAAUUACAUAUUUGGACUUGUUUGGUAGUGCGAAAAAAUGUUUAUUUCGUCAUUGGUGCCUAAA